AAAGCAUCAGAUAUCAGAAGAGGAUGGAGGAUCUCGAAAUUAUUUAUUCAUAGUUAUUAUGCUGUGUUUUGUUUUGUUUCCUCACUGUUUAUUUAAAAUCUUUUUGAAAAUUUGACAUGUCUUCUAAAGAUUGGUUGAAAAGCAUUAAAGAUGCAAAAAAAACUGCUAUUAUUCAAAAUGGAUGCAGAAAAGUUCAUUACUUAUUUGAAACUAAUAAAGAAAUGGUAGAGGAGUAUCAUGUAGAUACGGGUGUUAUUAUUCGAAGGAUUUGGAGAGAAAAAGGAAAGCUCGGACAAGACGCCGGUUGGAUAGUAGAGAUUGGUGAUCCUGAACCUAAGUUUCGAGGAACUGUUGAUAUCAAUGGAAUUCAGGAAAGUGUAACUGCUCCAUCAAUAUCAAGAAGAAUGACAAAGAGUUCAUUAGAAUGGAGAAUAAGAAAUUUAUCAUAUCCGAAGGACGUUUAUUCAGUGACUGCUGAAGAAGAUGAAACAAUUACAGUGAGGACGAGUAAUAAAAAGUACUUUAAAAAAAUAGUUGUUCCAGACUUACAACGCAUUGGAUUGAAACCAAAGCAAGAAAACAUUUCUUUUUCUCAUCGAUUUGAUACUUUAAUAAUAUCGUACAAGAAACCUGCACUGCUUCUUGAAGUAGAAAAAGAAAUAUUAGAUCAAGUUAUACAAUUAAAAACUAGGAAUGAAGAUGUCCAGUGCCCUACCAGUUAAUUUAGAAUAAAGUGUAGAACAUAUUUGACAUUACUAUUUAAUUCUGCGUUAUUAAUUUUUAAUGUUAAUUUAUAAUAAACGUUUUUUACAAUUAUCCAAAA